UAAUGCGGACCGUUCACUUCUGUUGGGAGGGUCGAGACGAGAAAUCGGAAUUGGAUGAACAAUUAGCCAUAUUACUCAAAUUGGCUUGCUAGUUGCAUUCUUGCCAUGGAUUCUCUUUCAAAGAUUGGAUGCCUAACCUUUUACCGUACUGUUCAGCUCCCAAGAAUUCCCGUCCGAAGUGCGUCUUUCUCCAGGAGUAGUUCACUGGUUUCAGUUUCAAGAGCUGGUCCUUCUUCAGUGAGUGAUGUGGACGAAGAUGUAUUACAAAUUUUUUUCAAAGAGAGAGAAUCGAACGGUGAUUUUAUAUCAAGAGCUUCUGAUUUAUUGUGGCAAAGGAAGUUCAGAAGUUCUAUUGACUCUAAUAGCAGUGAGCAAACCAACAAUUCUCAAGAAACCGAGCAGAUAAUGGAGGGUGAUGAUGAUGAUGGCUUUUUGAAGCUCUCAAGAACCCAAGAGUGGAUCUUAGGCGACAAUACUGCACCAAUGAAUAAAAAGGCAGUUGCCAAGGCACUGCAGGAGAGCAGUGAAAGACGGAAGAAACUAAACAUUCUUCAAUACGAAUCUCUCAAGAGGGAAAUACUGCUUCUAUCUUUGGGCAUUGGAGUGGCAUGUAGUGGAUAUUGCUUGGUAACUUUGUCUGUACAGGCUGCUGUAAGUUAUGCCAUUGGAGUCCUUUGCAGUUGCUUGUACCUUCAGCUCUUGUAUCGACAUGCAGACAACCUAUCCAGUGAAGAUGUUCCUCAAAUUUUCAUGAAAAAGAAGUCAAAGAAAAUUGGCAUAAGAAGUGAGGACCUCCAGGAUUCAUUGGAGAGAUCAAUCAAGGGAAUUGGCAUUUCGCUUUCAUCUCCAAGACUUGUGAUCCCAGCAGCAAUUUUUGGACUUUGGGUUCUGUCUCAUCAGUAUAUCGCGGAUGACUUCUUUGAUUUUCAGAUUGUGCCAGCCAUUUUUGGGAUGCUGGUCUACAAGGCUGCUGUUCUUGUGCAAGUCUAUAGAGACAAUGAAGACCUACAAUUUGUAUUUCCAGAAAAUAAGGAAGGCUCAAGUGAUUGAAAUACAAGUUUUGCUGUUGCUCAGUACAAUAGUUUACAUUCAUCAUUUUUGAAUCUUCCACAAGCUGAGCCGCAUCUAGAACUCGUCUUGUAAAUGCCUUGUAACAAUAUUCAUGGUGAUAAGAUUUUAUUCACUUCUUUGUGUGCAUCUCAAAUUCGUGAGAUAAUAGAGCUUGCAGCUAACCCUUCUCAUUUUCAUAUUAUGCAUGGCUUCCUUUUCAUGUGAGGCUAAGAACAUGAUUACUCUAUUGUUUCCCCCUUACUGUA